ACCUACUAUGAAUAAUUGUAGUAUCGUUGUAAAACUUUUAGUAAUUGAUGUUAACCUAAAAUUACAUAUAGUUAAUUAGAUUUCCAUAUUUUUGAACGGCCAAGAAAUGCUGAAGAAGGAAAGGAAGCAUCUCAGUCACAAAAUGACAGAAGUCCCUCCGAUUUUCUGGGAAUAAUUCCUCCACCGACAUGUAUGAAUUCAGUAAAGAGAAGUCUGCGCCCAAAACUUACCUUGACCGUAGAAAUAUUCAACAAACAAAAUAAUCUCAGUUAGCAAUAAUCCCGAGAGGAGUAGUUUAACCCGUUUUUGGCGUGGUAUCUGAGUGCACCUUCAGUCACUGUAAACAUGGCGGUGCAAGGAGAUGCUGGGACGAAGGAAGACAUUAAGACACAAUUUACCACGAUUGAGGGAGUUUAUAGAUUGUUACCUCUGUCGGAAUAUAGCAGACCGAAUAGAGUGGCGUACAAUAACAGUGGUGGAAGUGGUACCAGUCCCCCAGUUAGAAUGUCCUUCGUAAAUUUACCCGAGUCCAAUGGCAGUGGCAACUCGAUAAACAGUGAUAGAACCAAAAUAUGUUUUAAUUAUGGCAGAGAACUGUUUGUGUAUACUUAUAGAGGAAUUAAGAAGGCAGUAGACCUAACAAAACCUAUAGACAAGAGAGCAUACAACAAAGAAGAUGUUCCAACAUGCCAUGAUUUCAACAGCACUACAGCCAGUGGUGAAGGAGUGUCAUUGCUGGUAGGGUUGUUGGGUGGCCAGGUUCAACUCAUAGACCCUAUCACUAAGGAGGUUAAUAAAGCUUACAAUGCUGGAGAGAGACUGAUUGACAAGACAAAAGUAACUUGUGUAAAGUGGGUACCAGGCUCUCCUAACCAGUUUUUAGCUGCUCAUAGUAGCGGACAUAUGUACACUUAUAAUGAAGAACUGUUGUGUGGUGUUGAUAGACCUCACUAUCAGCUCUUUAAACAAGGCGAGGGAUACUCAGUCUACACAUGUAAAACAAAAAGCACGAGAAACCCAUUAUAUAGAUGGGUCAUUGGUGAAGGAAGCAUCAACGAGUUUGCCUUUUCACCGUGCUCAAAAUACUUGGCUGUGGUGUCCCAGGAUGGUUCUUUGAGGGUGUUUAACUUUGAUACAAUGGACUUAGUGGGGAGUGCUAGAAGUUAUUAUGGGGGUUUAUUGUGUGUUUGUUGGUCGCCUGAUGGGAGAUACGUUGUUACAGGAGGUGAAGAUGACCUCAUCACUGUGUGGUCAUUUCAAGAGAAAAGAGUUGUGGCCAGAGGACAGGGUCAUAAGAGUUGGGUCACUGUAGUGGCCUUUGAUUCUUAUACAACAUUAUAUAGUGAUAUGGAUGGUUUUGAUGUUUGUAACGAAGACACAACGAAGCAUAAUAAUGUAGGUAAUGAUGUAAGAAGUGGAAAAUCUGUUAAUAGUGCUCCUAAUUCUAAACCAAACUCUAACAGGAACUCUCUGGCCUCUGAAGGCUUAGGAUUGUCUGUAACGAGUUACCGGCUAGGAUCAGUUGGUCAAGACACUUUAUUGUGUUUAUGGGACCUUAAGGAUGAUGUGUUAAGGCAGCCAUACCUACGGCCAAGAUCGAGUACGGUUGUCAGCAGUAGUGGUGGAGUUGGAUCGACUGUGAGUGGUCAUCAGACUUCACAGUCAGUGGCUAAUGCAAAGUGCAACAAUGUAAAAGAAUCUUCUGUUGGAAGUGAUGCGUCUCACCACUCGCACUCCACCAAUUCACUCACAGCCAAGUUGGCCAACCUCAACUUUGGUGAAAAGAAGGAUAAAGAAAAAGGGGAAAAGGACCAUAAAAGAAGCCUCAGCUUAGCAUCAAAAAACUCGACACAAAAUUGCAAAAGUUCGGUGAACAAGAAUCAAGUAGGAGGUUCAACUGUACCACCGGAAGAUUCAUGCAAGACUAUGGGUACAUCAAUAUGUCCACGAUUAGAUGAGUGCCCAGUUUUAGAGCCAAUGAUUUGUAAAAAGAUUGGACAUGAACGGCUAUCUGGUCUAGUGUUCAGAGAAGACUGCCUCGUCACGUCCUGUCAGGAUGGCUGUGUCCUCACGUGGUGCAGGCCAGGGAAGCAGCCUGGUAACAAUCAGCACUCUACACCUAGUCCAACCAUAGCUGUUGCCAUGGGAGGAGGUCCGUUACCCUCCGGUGGAACAGUAGUGUAGCCUCAAAGAGUGGUAUUAAGUACUGCAAACUCCUGGACAACUGCUACAAAA